UAUCUUCUUGCUCCUUUUUUUUUUCCUCUCUCCGUCGCACUCUCGAGGGUGUCCCGUUCUUCUCUCCCUUCACGCCGCUCGCUCUCGUCGUACGCGCGCACCGCGCGCCGGUCCCCGAUUCCGCGCGGGACUCACGCGGGUCCACGGGUCCCAGAGGAGCGCCGAUCAUUCAUGAAGUGAACCGUCAGUUUUUUUUUCCUCCGCGGUGAUCGGCUUUAUUUCGAGCGCUCGGGGGUGCAGAUGGAGACUAAGACGGAGCCCCUGACUCCGCCGCAGACGCCACCGACGAUUGAGAGACCGAUGCAGCAGCAGCAGCAGCAGCAGCAACAGCAGCAGCAACAACAGCAGCAGCAGCAGCAGCAGCAUGUAAUUUUUUCAAACGCGAAAUGGACCAAAUCAAGCUUCCCCGGUGGUAGAUACGUCCAGCAGCACCAUCCGCAGCACGUACAGGCGACGCAGGGUGUCGCCAGCACCUACCACACCACCCUCAUCAGCAACUGGCUGAAGGACGCGGCCCUGCUGACGUUUCGCGGUUGCUGCUCCCAACGCCCUUAUCUGUACUAUCAGGGUCACCCGGGGAUGUUCCCGGUGCCGCCGCCGCCGCAGCCGCCGUCGUUCCUCGCCCGACGACCGACCGGCCAGCGGCCCAAGAAGCAGUUCAUCUGCAAGUUCUGCAGCCGGCAGUUCACCAAGAGCUACAACCUGCUGAUCCACGAGAGGACGCACACCGACGAGCGGCCGUACUCCUGCGACAUAUGCGGAAAGGCCUUCCGCAGGCAGGACCAUCUGAGGGAUCAUCGAUAUAUACACAGUAAGGAGAAGCCAUUCAAAUGCAACGAGUGCGGCAAAGGAUUUUGCCAAAGUAGGACUCUGGCGGUUCACAAGGUCAUGCAUAUGGAGGAGUCGCCGCACAAGUGCACGAUAUGUAAUCGGAGCUUCAAUCAGAGGAGCAACUUGAAGACACACCUACUGUCGCACGAUGUCCCGCAGGACCUCAGGAUCGAGACCUCGGUGUCGUCGGACUCCAGGAUGAUGUCCUCUACAGAGGUUAGACAAAUGGCAGAGCGGGUGAGCGGUCUUCUGCCAAUACCGAAGAGCACUACGCACAAACUCGGCUUCACUAUAGAAGACAUUAUGAGACGUUAGAGACAAUAUUUGUUUCUAAUAUAAUUUCAAUCUGCGUGCAUCCCACCCUUGCGUUUGUUUUGUUUGGUGAUUUCUUAUUUUCAUUAAAAUCUACUCUCUGAAAGUCGUUCGCUGAAAACAGUAUGUAUUCACUGAUUAUAAGUAGAGCACUUAAUUAUUCAGUGCUUACUUAUAACUGUUUUCAGUGUACCGAUUGACUUUUAGAGAGUACGAAGUAUU